AUGCUUAAGCGGUUCCCGCGCUUUAUCAUCACACGUCUAAACAACUACCACCGCCACACACCAUCAGCCUUUCGCUUUUCUAGCACAAUGUCCAAGGACGAUCAGCAGCAGCCUGCGCAGGCAGAGACCAAUGGCAACAAGAACCCCCUCCCACUACCAGCCCCAGGCUCAGACACCGCCGCCUCUAACAGCAGGGGGGAUGGCGUGACGGAGCUACGUGUUGGAGAGUCUGUCGCACUCGACUCCAUGGGGCCCCUCGUGGUCAACAGAGAUGGGACCAUGGGUAGGAUUGGAAACUGGGCGGGCAUGACGGAGCAUGAAAAGGCGCAGACCUUGAGGUUGUUGGGAAAGAGGAACAAGGAGCGGAUGGAUGUUCUUAAAGCAAAAAAGGCAGCAGAGGAGGGGCAGAAAUGA